AACUUCCUAUUCCACACAGCCAUGACAUUCGGGAUGUUUGCCGGAGGCAUCAACCAGAUAAAGCACCCCUUCGUCUGUCAAGUGGUUGGCAUCAUCUUGCACUACUCUUCUCUCUCCACCAUGCUUUGGCUGGUGCUGACUGCCAGGAAUACUUGUAAGGAAGUCUCCAAGGCACCACGUUUGCCCCAGGACAGGAAUCCACAAUCACAGCCCAGACACAAAGUCGCCUUGUUCAAACUUUAUCUUUUUGGUGGUGGGAUUCCCCUCAUCAUUGUAGGGAUCACAGCUGGCGUCAGCAUGGACAACUAUGGGAGCGGAGAUGUUGCCCCUUAUUGUUGGAUGGCAUGGGAACCAAGUCUCGGAGGCUUCUAUGGGCCUGUUGCCUUUUUGGUUCUGUUGAUGUGCAUCUACUUCCUGUGCACCUUUGCGCAGUUGAAACGGCACCCGGAGCGUAAGUACGAGCUAAAAGCAAUGACUGAGGAGCAGCAGCGUCUGGCUACAGCGGAAAUCGGCCACUGCCAUGCUGCCAGUGGAGAGCCUGGAGAACACAACGAUCAUUCAGGCUGUACAGUCAUUACUGCCUCUAUGCUGGCCAACGAGCACUCCUUUAAGGCCCAGCUACGGGCCACCGCCUUCACCCUCUUCCUCUUCCUGGCCACGUGGGCCUUUGGGGCACUGGCUGUGUCCCAGGGUCACUUCCUGGACAUGAUCUUUAGCUGCUUGUAUGGGGCAUUCUCAGUAACAUUGGGGUUGUUUCUUCUUAUUCAGCACUGUGCUAAACGAGAUGAUGUAUGGCACCGCUGGUGGGCCUGCUGCCCCUCGAAACGAAAAGUGGAUGUAAACGGAGAGGCAGGAGGCAGCACUCAAGUAGAGAGUAAGACAGAAUUUGAGGUAGAGCCAGCUUGCUCAACUAAAGCCUUAUUGUCCCCUCAACUCCACACCCAAUCACCUCACUGUAGUCUGAGCUCCCUGCCCUCUGGACAGAUCCCUGUGAGCCCCUACUGCACCACUUUGCACUGCUCUUCCCCUAUGCUGGGCGGCUGCCCCCGUCCCCAGUCCCUCCCUGACGAGCUGCCUCGUCCUGCCCUGCCCCUCCAAAGCUGUCUGAAGGACAGGACUAAAUCACGCUCAUUCAGUCGACCACGACCCUGUCUCAGGGACUACCACAUGACUUCAACCAGCUUGGAUGGAAGUGUGCACAGCUCCCACCUAGACAGCCCUCACAGUGUGCACCUGGACAAUCCUCUUGCUUGCCAUACCUCACACCUGGAGAGCCAGCUAUCCUGUCAUAGCCCUCAUCCAGAUAACCAGCUGCGCUGUACCAGCCCUAAUAUCCAGUUGGAAACUCUAGCAUCUCACAACCUGCAUGAUGGCCUGUGCUGCCAUGGAACACACCUGGACAGCUCGCUGCCGUGUCAUGAAGGGCACACCUGUCAUAGACACAUGUGCAGUGCCAAAGUAGACAUCUUCUCCAGUUACUGCUGCCCCAAAACAGACUCUUUUCCCAAUGUUUCCAUCGCCAAGGAUGCCAGCACUGGUUCCCUGAUGUACAGUGGGACUAAAACAGCUACCAAAAAGGAGGAUAUUAUGCUGCACCUGGAAAUCCCACCUCCAAGAGCCUCUGUGUCAAGCUCUACCGCCACUCUCAGCAGAAAGGGUUCUCAAAGCCGGAGAGAGACAGUAAGUCGCAGUGACGGCCAGCAGGAGGACUACACAUUUAACCCUGAUUCUACAGGUAACAUCAGAACUGGGCCAUGGAAAAAUGAAACCACUGUGUAGCUUUUAAGCACCCUGCACCCCUUCCAAAUAAACUGUUACUAAACUACUGUGUAGUCCCAGGGCUGUUACCCAAAUAACCUCUGAACAAAACUACUGUGUAGUGCAUCUGACAUGAUUCUCACCUUCAUACUUCCCUAACAUUCUUUUUCUCAUUGAUUGGGAUUCCAUUACUUCCAUUACUCAGACAUCUGUGUUUACUUAAUUCCCUGUUUUUGUCAUAAAAAUGCUCCCA